GUCAACAGUCGCAACACUAUUCUUUUUACUUGUAUGAAUUUUGAUCGCCUAUAAGCCGUCUUUGGCGACAUGAGACGCGUGACAUCAGAAGCCUAAUCUUGUGGUCAUUCUGAUUCUGUCUCGUUCUCCUUCCCUUCGCGACAUGUCAAAGAGGUCCUGGUCCGUGGCGAACGCCGCUCAGGGCUUACUCGACAUGAACUCGGGUUCUCGAAGUGCUACGAACGCCACUUCAAUGUCUCCACCACAGGUGCCUCUCCAGCAGGAUUCUCCCAAUGGACCCCAGAUUUCACGAAAGGUGAAAGCAUGCGCUGCUUGUCGCAAACAAAAGAUUAAAUGUCUUAUGGACAAUAAUGGAGAGCCUCCAUGUCGACGUUGUAUAGAAAGAGGCCUCUCAUGUGUCUUGAACAAGAGUCUUCAAACUCUGAUCAGCGAAAGGUCGCAAUGGAAGGAUGACAUGCAUCGCGAUAUCUCGAACAUGCACGGAGCCGUCCAGGACAUCUUGAAGAAGCUAUCGAUGCCUGCCUUGCAACCGCUCAAAGCACCAACGGCGGCAGAGGACCCUCAGGAGACCUCGCCCUACGAUGACACCAUAGUUGAGAAGGUUGAAGAUGUUGGUCCAUCUUGUGACAACUCUCCCAAAUUACCACCACAGACCGAGUCACUGCAGAACGUACCGAUCGAGUCUCUUUACCAGAUCACGCGACUACGUUCACUACGAGCAGAAAACUCUGGAGACGAAAGUAAGCCCGACGAGGGAUCGGACGUAGUGUCAAAGGGCAUCGUGUCUCUCGAGGAGGCCGAACGAUUGACGACACUUUAUCUCGGACGACUGGACCACUACGCUUACAGCAUUGCCAAUAAGUUCACCGAUCUGCAAUCUAUACGACGGCGAUCAGUGGCCUUGACAAAUGCAAUCUUGACUGUUGCCGCUUUGCACGAUCCAAAUAGCAACCAACUGUUCGGACCGUGCUGUCGAGAGUUCAAGCGGGUACUCGCAGACUCCAUGUUUGUUCGCCGCAUUGACCGCGAAUAUCUACGAGCCAUGUGUAUUGGUUCUUAUUGGUUGAGCGACAUGUCUUAUACACUUUCUGGACACGCCAUUCGACGCGCCAUGGGAAUCAACCUGAGCUCAAACUACUUCAGAGUCUUGAACGACGGGUCAGAGGACGCUGCAGAUUGUCUUCGAUUAUGGUACAUGCUAUACAUUUGCGACCAACAUCUCAGUAUCCUUUACGGCCGUCCCACAACGAUACGAAUCGAUGACCCUAGUCUGCAGGGCUGGGAGAGAUAUCUGGAGGUACGCGUGGCAGUGGAGCAAGACCGACGAACAGCAAGUCAAGUGGCACUAAUGGUGAUCAUGGGCACCAUCCGAGAAUUUUUCGAACGACACACCAGAGACACACAAACACUACCUCAAAGCCUAACCGGACACAUUGCAUCCUUCGACCGCCAGAUCGAUCGCUGGGUGGAAACCUGGUACCAACACCUGAAACGACGCGACGACAUUGGAGACUGGCCCUCGAAAGGUGUGCUCCUACACUCGAACCUCGCCCGCCUCCACCUCCACUCUCACAUCUUUCGCGGCCUAGCAAAUGCACCGAUCCCUCCUUACUUCCGCACUUUUGCCGCGAAAGCGGUCGAAGCUGCAAAGAUUAUCGUCGAAGUGCUCCUCUCAGACACCGACAUGCGAGCGGGAUUGGUAGGCAUGCCUCACUAUCUCCAUACCAUGAUUGCAUUUGCAUGCGGCUUCCUCCUUCAAAUGACCACAAAAUAUGAUGGAGAUCUGGUCCAGCGCACAGCUGUUCAUGAUUUGAUCAAUAGAUUGGUUGCACAAUUACGUCUCAUGCCGACAGGGAAGUAUCACCUUGUGAGGUUCAUGGCGGAAGGUUUGGAGAAGAUGGUGGAAGCAUCUAUGAGGACACCCACACAACCCGCUGCUCAACUAUUCAAUGGGGGAUUUCAAUAUAUGAGCGAUAACUCAUAUGGCAGGACUGCAGACCCGGCGACUUCACAAAUGGAUAUGAUGGCUGGAGGAGGUGGUCAGAACGACUUUGGCUUGGGAAGGGAUGAUUCGUUCAUGAUCCCUGAUUUCGGUCUUUCGAAUUCUUUUUUGCCGUUUGAGGAUCCUGUGUUUAGGACUUCUGACUUUGGGUACAUGUAGUAGUUGUAACACAUGUUUCCCCCGUCUGCUAAUAGAAUCCCAUUUGACUCUGGGUACACAGCAUUGCUAUUUCUGACAUGAUGUCGCCUUGUACCUCUAAAAGUACGACCUCCAAGGUGACCUUAGAUGUUGGC